AGUCACGCUCUUCAUUCGACCCCAAACACCGACACCGGGCAGUAAAUGCGCUUUAUUAGUGAAGACCUUGUUAAUGACGACCCACUGAACACUGUACGCGUUUUCAUCUACUCUUCUCAAGCAGUAUUGAAAUGAACGACACGUUAUGUGUUUGUAGUUUGUUGACGCUCCCUCAGCCUGUGAGGCGGAAGUGUGACGUGUGUUUGAGCGGUUGGUGCUCCGUUCCGCCGCUCCGCUUCAGCUGUGUUCGGUUCACCGGGAUGAGCUGCUGUCUGUAGCGGUCGGUGAUGCUGCGGCGGGUCCGGGCUGAGCUUCGGCAGGCGGUGGAUCAGAUGGCGAGAAGACCCGUAAAGAUACUGUGUUGCGGUGCAAUACUGCUGACCUGCGCGCUCCUGCUGCCCAUAACACUCACCUGCGGGCGUGUGAAGAGUGUAGUGUUUCCGGCCCGUCCGCCGGUGCGCUUCUUUCCCGCGGAGGCGCCGGUGCUGGAUCUGUUCCUGGGUCAGCUUGAGGAAGCAGAUCGGCUGCGGGAGGAAGCGGAUGUGUCGGUGCUCUUCUUUUACGCCCCCUGGUGCUCUCACUCUGUCACUGCACGGCAGCACAUCCAGCAGGUGGCGUUGCGUCUGGCUGAGCAGGUGCAGUUCCUGGCUGUAAACUGCUGGUGGCAUCAGGGCCGCUGCAGGAAGCAGAAGAGCUUCUUCCAGUAUCCCGUCAUUCAUCUGUACUACAGAAGGUUCGGGCCGAUCGAGUACAGGGGACCAGUUCGCUCUGAUUACCUGGAGAGCUUCAUCCUCAGGGUUUGUGCUCCGCUCGUGUACCUGCCCACCGCUGGAGCCCUGCACUCCUUCCUCACACAGCACCAGCAGGGUGUGGUGGGUUAUUUCAGGUUUAGCUGGUCUCCUCAGCCGGCUGGUUAUCUUACCUUUCUGUUGUCUGCUCUGCACGCGCUCAGACGAGAUCACCAGGGGGCAGUGCGCUUCGCUGUGGUGACCAAUCAGGCGGUGGCAGAGGGCGUGUCUCUCAGGGAAGAUGAAAGUGUGUAUUUGCACCGGCGUUUGAACAGCUCGCUGGUGUUCCCGCGAGCGCAGAGGAACUUCACCGCACAGGCCGUCUCUGAUUGGGUGCUGGAGAACAGAGAGAGCGUCAUCCACUGGAUUCAGCCAACCAGAGCCAAGAGUUACUCUCUGGAGGUGGAGCUACAGAAAGGCCCCGCCCUCCUGACCUUCCUCCCACACAAUCCCCUCACAGCCAAUCAGCUGCUCGAUCAGGUGUCUGCUGUGGCUCUGCUCUAUCAGUCCGGCUGUGGCUCGUCUGCUUCGCGUCUCUGCUGUCAGUGUGUGCCGGUGUGUGCGGACUCUGGUGUGUGUGAGGUGUGUGUCCAGCGCUCCGGCUGCUCCGCGCUCCACCUGAGCCUCCGGCGUCUGCAGUCCAGCACUUCAUGCUGGAGCAUCCAGAGCUCAUACACACCGCACAGCCGGCUGAGUGUGUGUUGCGGGGCGAGUGUGUGCAGCGGCGGGGCGAGUGUGUGCAGCGGGGCCUCCAUCAGCGGGCUGCAGUGCCGCUCCAACCGCACGCUGCGCUUCUACAUGCUGGACGCAGAGCUGCACCGGCCCCUGGCUCAGAGACUGGGGGCCCGCGAGGGACACCACCGGCCCUUCAUCACCAUCAUCAACCUCAGAGACGAGACACACCACGUGCUGGAGCCCAGCGGCACUCUGGAAGGCUUCAUCCAGAACUUCAGCGUUCCCUACAGUCCACUGCGCAGGCAUCUAGUGGGACAGGAUGCACACCAGCAGACACAGACCCUCGUACUGGAAGUGACCUCAGACAGCUUCCUGCAGACGGUCAUGGACUCACAGAGGGACGUGCUGCUGCUGUAUUACUCGGCCUGGUGUGGAUUCUGCUCUGUCCUCAAUCAUGUGUUUCUCCAGCUGGGUCGCCUCUUCCGGGGGAACAGGGCGCUCACGGUGGCCAGAGUGAAUGUGGGCCGUAAUGAUCUGCCCUGGGAGUUUAUGGUGGAUCAUCUGCCGACUGUGAUCUUCUUCCCCCGACACAGGAAGCAGAUGAGUGUGAAGUUUCCAGAAAACACACCCAUGACUGUUCCAAACCUGCUGCGCUUCGUUUUGCAGCACACAGGCCACGCCCCAUGGGAGGAGGAGCAGUCGGGAGAAGGGGAGGAAUCAGUUAGAGGGGAGGAGUCAGCGUCUCUGCUGGGGGCGGAGCUCCGUGCGCUGCAGCAGGAAGUGUUCUCUCUGCACCGGGUUCGAGAGCGUGUGUCUCAGCAGCUGGUUGUGCUGUGGCGGGAGAACCGGCGGCUCACGCUGCACACACACACACUGCAGAGCCAGAACCAAGAGCUGCAGGCGCAGAUCCACCAGCUGGAGGCGCUGUACAGGGAGAAAACCCACCGGCUCACACACACUGUUCACAGACUGCAGGAGCUGGCGGACGCCUCCGAGGAGCUGCUGAAGGAGAACACACUGCUGAAGGUGCUGCUGACCGCGCUGAGGGACUCGGACCACGGACAUGAAACAGAAGACAGACAGGACACAGACGACAGACAGGACACAGAUGAACAUGAUGAAAACACACAUCCAGAGGACGAGGCUUCCUGACCACAGCUCGUGUUUUCCUCCAGCACACGUCCAGGGCUUAUUUCACCCCAUAAUCAAUCAUCAGUUUAAAGAGAUGCUUUUUAUAUGUUUAUUUUAUUAAUCAGACGUUUAAAGGGAUCACUCGGCGAACAAUCAACAUUUACUCACCGUUUACCCAUCCUCAAGUCUUUAA